AUGGAGCAAGAUCGUAACAAACUAUUAUUACAAGCAGCAGUACUCGUACUGCGAGAAAUAAUUGAUAUAUUGUUUGAAAGCGAUGAUGACGAAUUAGAAAUAUUAGAAGGGAUUAUAAAUCCAAAAAGAUGUGUACCAAGAAGACGUGUACCAAGAAUAGAAAAUUAUGUAGAAAAAAUAAUAGGCGCAUUAACAAAGCAAGAAUUCAAAGCUCAUUUCAGGAUGUAUCUUGAAACCUGCGAUUAUGUUUUGUCGUAUAUUGAGCCAAGGCUACAAAGGACAAAAAGUGGAACACCAAUGAUUUCUCCACGCACACAAUUUCUAUUGGCAUUAUGGAGACUAGGUACUCCAGAUUCUUUUAGGUCGAUUUGUGAGCGAUUCAAUGUUGGCAGAAGCACUGCAUUGUACAUAACAAGAAGAGUUGUAAGGGCACUCGUUGAGCUAGCGCCUGUUAUUAUUAAGUGGCCUGCAGAUGAACGUUUAAAUGAACCCCAAAACACCAUCCCGAAACUUACAUUAAUCGAAAAGGCCAUCAUUCAAUCCAACUUCAGGCUAUCUGUGAUCACAAGUGCCGGUUUAUUCAUUGUUUUGUUGGACACGUUGGAUCUGUCCAUGAUCAACGAGUAUUCCGUCAGUCCGAAGUGCACAGUUACUUGGGAGAUGUUACAAAAUUUCCGCAAAAUAGCCAUUUAA